AUGGCGGCCUGGUUCAUUGUUGUCCUAUCAGUGCCACUUGCAGCAGGUGACAACUCCUUGUUGCACCCCUUGGCACUGGAGCGUCCCGAUGCCAGCGUGUUUCCAUUGCCCGCACAAGCUCGUCACCUUCCACCCUUUGGCACGGAAGUGGAUGGGGCGAAGGCCACCAACAAAUUCUGGGCCAAUUGGGUGGUCGAAGAAGGUCGCGAGUUGUCCAUCCAUGCCAUGCCCUAUGUCUUGCGCUAUGAUGCUUCCACCGGACAACCGAACAUGAAGGUGUCCCGGGCCAGCAGUGACGCCCGAGUCAUGCAGUAUGGUGAUUCUGAGACCAACGGUGGGGAAAAGAUCAGGUACUACUUCUCACCCUUCGUGAGCGAGUUUGGCUUGUCAGCACUGGAGGUCGCCAGCCAAGAAGGACAAACGAUUGUGAAGGAGGGCUUGUUCGGAGUUCAUGCAGAGGUGCGCGGACCCAGCGGCACUGGACGCAAGAUCCUUUUCCCCAUCUACAGUGGCAUGGCUUAUGUCUCCGGCUUCUAUACGGGAUUCACUCCGAAGAUUUCAUCCGACCGAGCCUUGCUUGUGGUUGAGCGCGUCAGCAAUGGAAUUUGGAGACUCCUCAACAAUGGUGGAAAGGAAUUCCGCUUGUACGCCCUGGACGCCUCUGGUGCCUUUGCCGACGAGUCCUUCGACUUCACGGCUCAGGGGACGAUGACGAAGGCCUUCGAGGGUUGGAUUCGCCUGGCCGAAGUGCAGGCACCUGAGGAUCGAGACAUCUUGGACUUUCACGCUGCGGCGGUGCUGGUGGAUUGGCACCUGGAGCUGGAAGCUGAUGGCUUGAUCACGUACCGCUUCACCAAAGAUGCCGCUGUUCCAAAGCAAGUCUUGCACUUUGCCUACGCACACCAUCAGAAGCUCUUGGCUGGCAAUACGCAGGUGGUGACGCAGCUCACACCGCUGGCUCCGCCAACCAAAGGGCUGAUGAAGGGCGUGGCAGGUGCCAACUGCAGUGCCGGGCAGGGUGUUUCCCAGAAUGUUCCGGGUCUAGGCCUAGGCCAAGUAGUGAUUCAUGGGCCGGAUUGGGUCAGAACUUCGUCAGCUUCACACGGAUGCGGGUGA